AAGGGAAUGCGAUUGGGGAAGUACGAAUUGGGAAGGACUCUCGGCGAAGGAAAUUUCGGCAAAGUCAAGUUCGCUCGACACCUCGAUUCCGGCCAGCCAUUCGCCGUGAAAAUCCUCGAGAAGAGCCGCAUCACUGAUCUACAGAUCAACGAUCAGAUAAAGAGAGAGAUCGGGACCUUAAAACUCCUUAAACAUCCAAACGUGGUCCGACUUCAUGAGGUCUUGGCGAGCAAAACUAAGAUAUACAUGGUGUUAGAGUACGUGAAUGGGGGAGAAUUGUUUGACAGAAUAGUAUCCAAAGGCAAACACUCUGAGGUUGAAGGUAGGAAGCUCUUCCAGCAGUUGGUUGAUGGUGUCAGCUACUGUCACAGCAAAGGCGUUUUCCACAGAGAUCUCAAGCUAGAAAACGUGCUGGUUGAUGGAAAUGGAACACUUAAGAUUACGGACUUCGGGCUCAGUGCAUUACCUCAACAUUUUAGGGAUGACGGGUUGCUACACACAACAUGUGGAAGUCCCAACUACGUUGCACCCGAAAUUCUUUCAAACAGAGGAUAUGAUGGUGCCACCUCAGAUACCUGGUCAAUUGGUGUCAUCUUGUAUGUGAUUCUUACAGGAUAUUUACCCUUUGAUGAUAGAAAUCUAGCAGUGCUUUAUCAAAAGAUAUUCAAGGGUGAUGCACAUAUACCGAAGUCGUUAUCAUCAGAGGCACACGACCUCAUAAAGAGAAUACUUGAUCCCAACCCGAGGACUCGUAUAACCAUUACAGAGAUCAAAGAGCACAAGUGGUUUAAACCAGGCUAUUGUUCUGCAAAUCCUGAAGAUGAAGAGGAAGAAGAAGAUAGUGCAGACAUUGAUAAUGAAAUCUUAAUGUUAAAUGAAUCACCGCGUAAUGGGGAAAGAGAUCCCGAGUCACCGCCAACACUUAUCAAUGCUUUUGAGCUGAUAGGAAUGUCAUCUUGCUUAGACCUAUCAGGCUUUUUUGAGAAAGAGGAUGUCUCUGAGAGGAAGAUCAGAUUUACAUCUAAUCUAGCUCCAAAAGAGUUGCUCAAGAGUAUUGAAAAUAUAGUAACGAGUAUGGGAUACGAAGUCCAAAGAAAACAUGGAAAGCUGAAAGUGAUCCAAAAACACAAAGUUGGAAAGAGCUCCGAAAGUCUUUUAGUAGCUGCAGAAGUCUUUGAAAUCAGCCCUUCCUGGUAUGGGGUAGAGUUACUCAAAUCGCAUGGGGACUCUGUUAUGUAUAGACAGUUGUGUAGAAAGUUAUCAAAUGAUUUGGGCGUCUGCCGUAGUGAAGAAGAGCUCCUCCUAACGGCUCAGCUCUCUAGAGUUUAGAUCUCAGCGUGAAGAUAAUGAGAUAUCUAUACUCUACAAUGGCAACUGCUGUAUCUUUCAUCCAUCUUUGUUUCUAUGGCUUUAUAAAUAAGAAGUGUAUAAUAGGAGUAGACAACUGGAAUGCAGCAAUCAUUCCAUUUUUAGAAUUUUAUUUAUUAGUUUAUUUGAUCAAGUUGUGUCUUGGUCAUUUUUACUAUUGGUGUCCAUUUGCACUUCAAACCGUGUUGUCCCAUAUUAGUAUCAUCUCUACCUCUGUGGCUCUAUUUAAAAAUAAAGAAGCCACAUUUGAAUCUGGGGCAUGUCUUUUAUGGUUUUGGCAAGUUACAAAUGGUCGUAAAAUGUUAUACAUAGUUGUUGAUUAUUAGAAAGAUAAGAGAGAAUAAUAUUUGAGAAAUGGUAAAC